AUGAGAAAGUCAAAGAAUUCGCUAAAUCUCGAGGACAGCAAUGCUGAAGAUGAAGGCGUUGAAGUACCAUAUUUGGGCUCAGGUACAGGAAUAAGGUCCCAAUCCAUACCGAUUUCGACAACAAGUUCUUUUUCCGCGGAAAGAAGGAACACUGGAGAGUCAUUGCAAUCAGAACAGAGGUACAAUAACACUCUAGUGGAUCCUGACACACCUGUGAGGUUAAGUUAUACUAUUUUGCCCAAGGGCAGCGAUAUUUACAGGAGUAGAUCAUUGCUUUUCACCAAUGUUAAUCCAGAAGUUGACCUUUUGGAAUUUCUACAGAAGGUUAGCAAGAACUAUCUUGUUGAAAGCGUUUAUUCAAUCCCACAAGCUGGGGAAUCCAAAGAGAAGACUAAAGCAGAGAUCACUACUAAUGAUAAAAAUAAGAAUCAUACAGAUAUUAAUACCGAAAACGAGGAUAAAGAUGAUGCUUCACCACAAUCAUCAUACCUUUUAAGCUUCUUGUCUAAGGAAACGUGCCUCGAUUUCUAUAACAACUUAUUACAGAGAUACGCAGAAAUAAAACAAUCCGUCAAAUCAGAGAAGCUCUCGAUGAAUUUCGUAAAGAUUCAAGAUGACGAAGAAUGGGUAGAAGGUUUGAAAGUGAGUGCACUAUCGAUGGGGGCAACCAAGAGUCUUUAUGUGGAAUUCAGAGACGACAAAAUAUCGUCAGAGUCCUUUUAUGAGCGGUUACCAUUUCUCAAAGAUUCACCAAGGUACAUUGUUCUUCACGUGGAUAUAGUAGACACAGAUGAAAAGAGGAAACAUUUUGGAUCGAAUUACUGCUUAUUACACUUCCUUUCUUUGUCAGCUGCAUUGGAAGUCAAGGAUUUGCUUGAGACUACCCAUGAAACUGUCUCAAGAGUAUCGUUUGUAAUACCGACAAACCAACUGGAAGGUGAGGCGAAAAGAAGCAGCAGCACAAUCUCAUUGAAGCAAGAAAAUUUCCCGGGCUCUGUAUCGGAAUCAAGGUCUCGUGCCAGCAACACUUCACUACCACUUUCGGAACAAAUGGGCUCUGCAACAACCUCAGAUCCAAACUUACCUCUAUAUGAAGGUGCUGGGAAAUCAUUAUCAUGGAUCACGCUUACAGUAAAUCAUUCGGAUUAUAAAGAACCCUCGAUGAAUGAACACUCCCAUCACCUUAGCGCAUGGUCUAUGUCGAAACCAACAAUGGUAUAUUUGCGUGAACCUCGAAUUGCAAAUUUCUCUUCUAGUAAUUUAUCAGAUGAAGUUGACCCACUGUCUGUGUCAGGUCAAGAACCUGCUAGCCAAAGUAUGAUGAUUAAUGAAUAUCCCUAUGUCAUGGAACAAUUAAUGCCGCCUCAAAUCACACAGACAAUACAAAGUCAAUAUAACAAGAGUAUCCAGGCUGUUAGUGCUGGUAUGGAGCAUAGAACCGUAUUUAUUGGGAAUAUUAAUCCUAGAUCGAAACCCGAGGAUAUUUGUAACGUUGUUCGUGGUGGUAUUCUACAGCACGUAAAAUGGGUGGCCCACAAAAGGAUAUGCUUUGUGACCUUUAUUGAAACAGCAGCUGCAGUCCAGUUUUAUGCAAAUGCUAUUCUAGAACCAAUCGUUCUUCAUGGGAAUGUAUUGAAGGUCGGAUGGGGUCAGAAUCCGGGAACUCUACCGAAGAAGAUCGCACUUGCUGUCACAGUAGGCGCAUCAAGAAACGUAUACAUUAGUUUGCCGGACAAAGCUUUCAAGGAUAAAUAUAUGAACGAUCCUGAAUUCGAGGAAUAUAGGAACAAGUACAAACUUCCAGAUGUGAAUCAGUUGAAAGAGGACUUUGGUAUGUAUGGUGCAAUGGAACAAAUAAAUUUCCAUCCCGAUGGGCAUUGUUGUUGGAUAAACUUCAUGAAUAUCAAUAGCGCCAUCAAAUUGGUCGAAGAAUAUUCAGAUGUGAAGAGAAAUGUUUUUAAUAAAAAGACACAGGGUAGAUACGAAGGAUUGAUUAUCGGAUAUGGUAAGGAUAGAUGUGGGAAUGUUAACAAAAACUUAGCAGCAAAUAAAAACUCCAAGGGGAACCAGAGGUUUAAAGCUCAAAGCAAUAGCGGGUUUGGAAAGGGACGCAGGAACCAUAGGCAAAGCUUUGAUAGCUCAAAAAAUUCUAAUGGGAAUUCGAGAUUUAAAGCAGCAAGCGACGCUCAAGUAGAGCAUAGUAACUUCCUGACGCUUAAUGGAGGCAUGGACUUUUCCGAAGGGCUUGGUAUAACAGUUUCUCCAGAACGCGAAAGGAGUCAUGUUCUCAGUGACGUUGAGAAGGACAUUGAUGAUGAGAAUGACGUAGAUAAGGAUGCUGAUUUAGAUCAUAGUAUUGGUGAAAACAAAUCAGCGAGAAUAACAAGUGCAAUUAAGCAAGAAAAUGGAUCUAAAAUGGAAUCGAAAGGUAAUGAUGAAGUGCAAAUACGAAAUAAAGAACAUGUGAGUAAAGAAGAAGAUGGCGAAGAAGAAGAAGGAGAUGACCAAAAAGCGGAUUUCGACAGCGAAAGUUCUUAUUCAGGAUCAAGUUCAAGUGAUAUAGAUAUUAUUGUUGACGCCCCCUCUCCAAAUAUGAACGAUAUCAACGCAUUCGCUUUUCAAUCAGAGGAGGGUGAUGGAAACCAACAUUAUUAUUAUGACAAUUCAUAUUCCACCCGCCAUUCUCCUCAUCACUCCGGACAAUAUUAUAUUUCAAAUCAUUACCAGUUCCAACAUGUACCUCAGCAGCAAUAUCAUCAAAAUCAACACCAUCACCACCACCACCAACAUCAUAAUCAUCAUCAACAACAUCAACAACAACCAUUCAUUCCCCAAACUCCAUACCGGUUUUCAAACUCUUUUACCACGCAAAACAACCAUCGUCGCGGUUCGGCACAUGGCAAAUCCAAGAAGAGUGCAGCAAAACCAAUUGCAGGCUCAGAUGUCAUGACUAGGUACUUGGAACAACUGCACCACAACACUUUCGUGUAUGCAGCAAAUAUCUUAGGUGCCACACAGGACCCGGUAUUUUAUGACGAAAACAAUUUAUAA